GGGGUGGGGCUGGGGGACCCCGGGGUGGAGUGUCCCUCCGCCGGGCCCGCCGACCCCACCCAGACCAGACCCUCCCGGUCCGCGGCCGCCUGGCGGGGUGCCCACUUCCUCCGCGCCCGGAGCCGCCGCUCUACCCGCCGGACAGACCCAGGCCGCCGCCAUGCCCGUGACCGUCACCCGCACCACCAUCACCACCACCACCACGGCGACGUCGCCGGUGACCGUGGGGUCCCCGCGGGCGCUGCUUCAACCCCUGGGCCUGCUUCGCCUGCUGCAGCUGGCGUCCACCUGCGUGGCCUUCUCGCUGGUGGCCAGCGUGAACGCCUGGGCGGGCCCCACGGGGAACUGGUCCAUGUUCGCCUGGUGCUUCUGCUUUGCGGUGACGCUGGUGAUCCUGCUGGUGGAGCUGGCCGGCCUGCAGGCGCGCUUCCCGCUGUCCUGGACCAACUUCCCCAUCACCUUCGCCUGCUACGCCGCCCUGUUCUGCCUGUCGGCCUCCGUCAUCUACCCCACCACCUACGUGCAGUUCAUGUCCGACGGCCGCUCCAAGGACCACGCCAUCGCCGCCACCUUCUUCUCCUGCGUGGCCUGCCUGGCCUACAUCACCGAGGUGAGCUGGACCCGCGCCCGGCCCGGCCAGAUCACGGGCUACAUGGCCACCGUGCCCGGGCUGCUCAAGGUGCUGGAGACCUUCGUGGCCUGCGUCAUCUUCGCCUUCCUGGCCGAGCCCGCCCUGUACCGCCACCGGCCGGCGCUGGAGUGGUGCGUGGCCGUCUACGCCAUCUGCUUCGUGCUGGCGGCCGUGGCCGUGCUGCUCAACCUGGGCGACUGCACCGGCGCGCUGCCCGUGCCCUUCCCCACCUUCCUGUCGGGCCUGGCGCUGCUCUCCGUGCUGCUGUACGCCACCGCCAUGGUGCUCUGGCCGCUCUACCAGUUUGACGACCGUUACGGGGGCUGGCCGCGGCGCUCCCAGGACCCGGGCUGCGGCUGGAGGCACGCCACGGAUGUGUGCUUCUGGGACCGCCGGCUGGCGGUGACCAUCCUCACGGCCAUCAACCUGCUGGCCUACGUGGCCGACCUGGUGCACUCAGGACGCUUGGUCUUUGUGCGGACCUGAGCCCUGCCCGGCCCCGCCCUGCCCUCUGCCCAGCCCCCUGCCCUGCCCU